UUUAGCACCCAGCUUUCUGAGCAAGUGUAGCACCGACUGGGAAACCUGAAGCAGCCUGGUCCUUGGAGCCAUAGGCAAAAGACAAGUUGAGUCUACUUCAGAGGCGAUGGAAACCACUUUGGACUAUAGCAACUAUUACAUCUAUGACCUCCCCAGUCCUUGCAGCAAAGGGGGAGUGAGGGACUUCGGAAAACUCUUCUUGCCCCCAUUAUAUUCCCUGGUGUUCCUAUUUGGUCUGCUGGGCAACUUCAUGGUGGUUUUGGUCCUACUGAAAUACAAGCGGCUUAAGUCUAUGACUGAUGUGUACCUGCUCAACCUCGCCAUCUCUGAUCUGCUCUUUGUUUUUUCCCUUCCUUUUUGGGUCUACUAUGUUGCUGACCAGUGGGUUUUUGGAACAGCCUUUUGUAAAAUCAUCUCCUAUAUGUAUUUGGUUGGGUUUUACAGUGGCAUAUUCUUCAUCAUGCUCAUGAGUGUAGACAGGUACCUGGCAAUAGUGCACGCUAUUUUUGCUUUGAGAGCCAGAACUCUGACCUAUGGGGUUAUUACAAGUCUAGUUAUAUGGUCGGUGGCCAUGUUAGCCUCACUUCCAGUCUUGUUAUUCAGUACAUCUUACACGGAGAAUAACAACACCUACUGCAAAGAGAAGUACCCUGGGAAUUCAACCACCUGGAAGGUUCUGAGCUCUCUAGAAAUCAACAUCUUAGGGCUCUUGAUUCCUCUUGGAAUCAUGCUCUUCUGUUACACCAUGAUCAUCAAGACCCUGCACCGCUGCAAAAAUGACAAAAAAAACAAGGCAGUGAAGAUGAUCUUUGCAGUCAUGGUCGUGUUCCUGGUGUUCUGGAUUCCAUACAAUAUUGUGCUCUUCUUGGAGAUCCUGGUAGAACUGGAAGUUUUCCAGGACUGUACCUUUGGCAUGCAGCUCGACUAUGCACUCCAGGCCACAGAGACCCUGGCUUUUAUUCAUUGCUGCCUCAAUCCAGUCAUCUACUUCUUCCUAGGGGAAAAGUUCCGAAAAUACAUCAAGCAACUCUUCAAAACCUGCAGGGGACCUUUAAGGAUCUGCAAACACUGUAGUUUUCUCCAAGUUUAUGCUUCAGAAAUACCCAGUUCAUCUCACACUCAGUCUACUAUGGAUCAUGAAAUCCACGAUGCUUUGUAAAUGACAGCAGACUGCCUUCCUUCAGGGGAAAGAGGAACUGACACCCCUUGAGUAAUCGCAGGGCUCCCUAUUCAGGUUUUAGUCAAUAAAUGUUCAGUCAGAGUGUCAAUCUGUCCCUCACCCUGAAAUGGGCUUUUCUUCUUAUAAUGUGCAUAAUUCUCAGAAUGAGCCAUUGUCCAUCUGGGCUAAGAAACCUUGCCUUGUUUCUGGUAUCCCAUAACAAGAACAGCAUCUUGGGUGAUGAUUUUAAGAAACCCUAUCUGAGAAAAACAUCAAUAAGGUGACAGAUAAUAAAGAUGGGGAUGCUAUUAAAAUGUAGCCUGAGAUGACUAGGCAGCCAAAGGUUAUCAAGAUGGCAAAAAGAAAAAAAAAGACCCAGAACAUUUGAGAUCGGUCAGGCUGUGGUUCUUCAUUUCCAGCCUUGUGUGUGAGAAGCCAACGGAGAGCAAAGGUUUCUGAUUGCUUUCCACCUAUUACAGUAGAUUCGGUUUUGGUUUUUGGUUUGUUUUUUUUUAAUUCUGGACUGUUGCCAUCAUAUAUUCUUGUUUGAAUCUUUUAGGCAUGAUGCAUUUUAUAGACUGGUGGUCUCAAGCUCAAAUUUUGUUUGUUUGAAGUUGAUAAGUCUUCUCCUUGCACUACUUCUGCCUAAAACCCUAUUUCUUUUCACAGAGAUUCAUUAAUCCAAUUGCAUCUAAACAAAUGGCUCACUGCUUUACCUGGGGAAUGCAGCAAGAAGCCCCAUGCCCAUGGUUUUGAGAUCCUUGAUGUAAAUCAAUCAUGUACCAUAUACAUAUAUAUAUACAUAUACAUACAUGCAUAUAUACAUAUAUAUAUGCCACUGGUUUGGAUUAGCAAAUAAGCAAAUUAAUUGAUUAAGGAUGUUUAUAACUUUAUUGUAAUGAAAUAAUGUGUUAGCUUAAGUAAGACCUCAUGUGUUGAUAGAAUCACCAAUGUGAAAUAUAAAUCAUGCAAAAUCCGUAUUUACAUAUUGAGAUUCAGACACAUUUUCAUACAUUUGGUUGCGAAAGGCUUUAAUCAAGGUAGAAUAUUUAACUUAAUGAAGACUCAAUAGAAAGAGGACCUUCAAUCUACUAAGUGUUAAUAGUGUUCCUUUAAGCAUUCUUAACCUGUUCACAAACAAGGCCUUCCUAAUCCAUCAUUAACUGUAUCCUAGAUGGAAAAAAACAUUUAUGAGUCAUUCUAUUUGCUUAAAGAGGAAUGGCAAUGUGUCUCUAAUCUUUCCAAAGCCCAUGCUGUCAGCUGGUGUUAUAGUCACUCUCCUACCAGCAUUGUAUCCUUAAGUAACUGCUAUUAUGUCAUCUCGUAUUGGGAACAAAACCCCACAUCAGGGAAUAUAUGUAUCACUUACACUUCUAAAAAUUUUGUCUCAAAUUUUCUCCUCUUCAAUUACACAGAAAUUCAAUUACUUAGGUCUUAUAUAUGUUGUAUUAGUCAUGUAGCCAAUUUAAAUAAUUCCAGAGAAAUUCUAACUAUUACUCAUCAAUAAACCAAAUGAACAGAACGAGACAGUGAUGGCCAUCCAAGUCCUGGGCUAUGUAAAUGCUACUGAUAUAAUCCAUGUUCCCACGAGGAAAUUUACUUAAUGUUUUCACACUGAUUCUUUGCAGUAAGUGUUAUACAUUGGAUUGUAAGAUAAUUUGUUUUUCGAGCUACCUUCUUCAAUGCACAGUUACAUUGUAUACGAAAAUAAAAUAAACUUGUAUAUAUUUCAAGUGAACUUUUCCAAUCAGCACUAUAAAAUUACUGAAGAUCUAAAUGUUCUCAUCCCCAUUGUUUUUUACAAGUAUCAUUUCACAAGAAAUCCUCCAAAGGUGGGGGUCUGAGGACUGUUUGGAGACCUAUUAUGAAAGGAUGCAGAACUAAGGGUAAUGAAGCAAGGCACCUGGACAGCACAAAGCAUGGGUGAGCCACAAAAUAAUGUUGUCAAGACAUUAUCAAACUUACCAGGUCAUCUCAUUGCCAGAUGUCAGCAUGACUUAGCCCCUGCUCUGGGCCCAAAGGGUACUGUGCUCCCAUUCCCUGUUGUUUCUGUUCCUCCUUGUGACUAUGGAACUAACUGGUCUCCGAACCAUUGUUUCACCUAAUGGCGUGUCUUCAUAUAAUGCCACUGAGGUAUUCUUCUAUGAGAUGAGAUGGAAUAGACCUGGAGAACAAGGAAAAACACAGGAAGGUGACAGCCAUGGGUUGUGACUCCUUAUUGUGAUUCUUACAUCAUUAGGUUGUAAGUGCCUUCAAAAUCACAUCCCAGACUGGAUAGGAAAAACAGGUAUCUGUGAUUAGCAGGCAGUGGAAGUGAGGGAAGGUGAACACAAAUGGAUCAUGGGUCUGGAUCAAAAGGAUAGGGAGGCAGCAUGGUUCAGGGGAAAGAGCAUUAAUGCUUUCUAGUCAGAUGGACCUGGGUUCAAAUCUCACCUCUAACAUUCACUACCCGUGUGACCUUGGACAAAUAACUUAACCUCU